UGUCACUUUGACUAAAUUUGAUCACUUUCAGCUGUAUGUUACUUUUUAUUCUACUAAUUACCUAUUAUUUGCUCAAUCCGAUUUUUCUGUUAAUUUAAAUGUGAAUUUUUAAACAAUAAUGUCCCUUAAAAAAGUAUUAUCGGUCUCGAAAACAGUGUAUACUCACAUAUCCAAAUUUCAGCCUACAAAUUUGCCAAGACCGAACAACUGGUUUGUCUCAUCUGCGCCUGUUAGGUUCUAUUCGGCCGAAAAAUUAGGUAACAAAAAAGAUCUAAAGUCAGGAGAAAAAGUGGACAUAUUGGGACGGUUUUUUCCACAAGCGCCCCUCAACAGUGAUGAUGCACAGAGCAUUAGGAAAGAACAGGAACAAUUUGACAAAGAGAAUAAAGAGAAAACAGAAGAGAAUGAACGGAGUUGGAGGAGAAUGAAAUUUGGGUUUGGCGUGUUCGGUGGAGCUCUGACAGUGAUGGGCGGGUGCCUGGUAGUGGAGAUGGGCGCCCCGCGGCGUGGCGAAGACGGACAAAUCAUAGAAGAUGAGUUUUCCAACUUGCCCACAGUAAUGCAGUACCUGAAACGCACAUGGAAGGAGCUCACGUUUUAUGAGAAAAUGAUAAAAGAGCCGUCGCGCGAGAAGCUACUGCCAGAUCCUCUGCCAGCGCCGUACCAGCCCACGUACACGCUGGUCCUGGAGUUCACAGACGUCCUAGUGCACCCGGACUGGUCCUAUCAAACUGGAUGGAGGUUUAAAAAGCGACCCGGCCUGGAUCAGUUUUUGCAAACAGUAGCCAAUUCCAAUUACGAGGUGGUCAUCUUCACCACGGAGAAUGUGUUCAUGAUAUGGCCAGUCAUAGACAAACUAGAUCCAGAGAAUAAGUUAAUAAAUUAUAGACUAUUCCGAGAUUCCACACACUUCAUUGACGGUGUUCAUGUAAAGAAUUUGGAGGGACUGAACCGAGAUCUUUCAAAGGUAAUAGUAGUGGACUGGAACAAAGGCGCCACGAAGUUCCACCCACAAAACUCGCUAAUACUGAAGAAAUGGACGGGCGCGGACGACGAUACGACACUCUUGGAUCUCGCCAAUCUGUUACAAACGAUCGCCAUCUCAGACGUAACGGACGUCCGCGAAGUGCUCAUGUACUACGGCCAGUUCAACGACCCCAUCGCCGCGUUCCGGGAGAACCAGCGGAAACUCAUGGAGCAGAUGGAGGAGAAGGAGAAACAGAGCCACGGCGAGCAGCCACUCACCAGGAACUGGCUCAGGACCUUCACCAGGCGCUAAAGUUAUCGAAGUCUUUACCAAACACUAAAGAUAGUCAGAGAUAGUCGAAUAGAAUGCAUAGUACACAUGUCCCAGGAAGUCUGGCCAGGCUAAUUUAAUGCUCCUUUGAAACUCGCAAUGUCAUGAUAUUGUGAUAUUUUUCGUGGAUUUUCAUUAUUAUUUUGCACUAGUAAUCCGAUAGGUGUCCUUUCUGUACAGUAAUCUAUUGUUUCUUUGCUUAAAAAAAAUUAAUCUGACUGUAAUGAACGUUUUUCAAAAAUCUCUUUCUUCCAUCACUAUAUAAAUUUCAUUACUUUUGUUCUCUAUCUUUAUUAUAGUGAUAUGCAAGCGAUACCAAGGAGUAGUAUUUUAUUUUUAUUUAUAUACAUUAUGAGUGAAAUAUUGUUUUAAAGUCUAUGUCACAGUUGAGUAAAAUUCAGAGAUGUUACCUCCCACGAACACUCAGGUUGUGGAAUGAACUCCCUGCUGAGGUUUUCCCAAAAGACUUCAGCAUGGGGUUCUUCAAAAGUGGGGUAAAGAGGUUUCUUCAGGGUCGGCAACGCACGCGUAAUACCUCUGGUAUUGCAGGUGUUCAUAGGCUACGGUAACCGCUUACCAUCAGGUGGGCCGUAUGCUUGUUUGCCACCUCAGUGGUAUAAAAAAAUGCAUGUAAUACACAAAUAAAUUGAUUGAUUGAUAUAAAUCAAAUCCAUUGCCUAGUGGUAAUCUGGAGCACGCUGAUUUAAUUUUAUUUUUUUUCUAAAAUAUUGAUCUUACCGAGAAUCUAACCUGGGACAUCAUUUAGUUAACACCGACAUAUCUACACCUACCCUACAUUGAAAUUUUAAAUCAAGUUAAUGGUGGUAAUAUAUUUGCUUAAUAAUGAGUUUAUUUAAUAUCAAUGAUCCAAACUACAUAUAUUUUUAGAAAUGAAACGUCCCUUCCAAAUGACUAUAAAUAUUCGACCAGUAUAAGCGAUAAUUAACAAUAUGCGUGUUGAUCUUUUUCCCGCUAUUAAUGUCAACAGGAACCCAAAAUAUAUCAGAACGAAUUCAAUAUCUCUACAAGAACUCUUCAUAACAAUAAUAAUGUAAUAUGUGAAAGUGAAAACUAUAAAAUUUUAUGUAAAUUAUGUCUGAAAUUACAUUGAACUGACUGAGGGUGAAAGCAUUUUUGUUUAUUAUUACAAUAUUUAUCGAUACGACAUUAAUCGAUAAAUACUUGGAAUCUAUUAAUUCGAUAAGUUAUAAAAAUUAUCUAAUUAUAGGAAGAGACAUGAAUUGGCACUUUCCAAAACUAAAUCAAGAUGUAGACUAUUUGGUGAAUUUAUUGAGUCAAUAUGUUGAUUUUUUAAUUUUAUUUAUUAAUAUUUUAGUCUCGCCAUACAGUUGACAAAAGUCGAUCGCUUGGGUACCUCUGUCCCAUUCGUGUUUCUACCGUGAACCAGUUGUUUGCAUGGCUGUGUUUCGGUUUGAAGGGUGGGAUAUGGCGUGAAUUUACAGGGUACAGAGGAAUAACACCUGAGUCCUCAGGAAUAGCAACGCAUGGGGGUAUCAUGGGCGAAACAGUAUACUCUGUUAUGUCCAUGGUACUGCUCAUGUCUAUAGGCGACGGUUACCACUUUCCAUCAGGUGGGCCGUCAGCUUGUUUGCCAUUCUAAGUUGUAUAAAAAAAAAAUGGGAAAGCAAUUAAAUACAUACCUCUUGUUUAUUUCUUUAUCUCAUUUCUACUUGAUCAUGAUAUACAUUCUAAACAAACAAGCACUUGUAUAAAUAAAUAGCUGGCGAGUGGCCUCUCUCAUCAUCAUCAUAUCAGCCGUUAAUCACUGCUGAUAGGUCUCCCCUAUAAAGAGGGUUUUACCAGUAGCUGCCACGCUUGGCAUGUGGGUUAGCAACCGCAGUUAGCCUUUGGUGAUGUUUUAAGAGAAACACCGCUGCCCAUCCCUUGAUCAUUAACCCUUUGAGUGCCGACGAGCGCCAUCGCGUUCGUGAAAUCAGUCGCUGUUUAGCUCGCUGUAAAAAAAUAAUAAAAUUGGAUAAUUUUUGGAGGAGAUACAGUUUUUUUAGAGACAAGGGUAAAUGACAUCGACACGACAAAGAUUUCUUUGGCAUUUUUAAGUAGAUAUGAGUAAAAAUCAAUGGCACUAAAAGGGUUAAGUUCCCUAAGUCACUUCUGAUGAUACCCACGGAAAAGGAAGGGGGGCGGGCGUUCCAUGCCGAGACCACACGGCAAAUCAUUUCUAAUAACAGCUCAUAAUGCCUAAGUCUAAUAACUGCACGCCUCUUUUCGGGGUAGGCAGAGAGAAUAAUGUGACAAAGGCUAUAAUAAAAUCCUCAGUGUAUGUUUUACUUUGUCCAUUUUCAUAAAUUUCAUAUCACAGCGGUUCCCUCUAAUUCUAUCGCACGCUGAAAGACUUGAUUACUCUCACAUAGAUGUAAUCUAUCUAAUCAUUUUAACACAAUUUAAUCCAAGUACCUGCAUUAUACUUCCUUUAUACUAUAUAUUUAUUUCAUUACUCAUUUUUCUGACAUUAUUUCUGCGUAUAUAAACCACCAUACCUUGCAAAUUACUUAUAUCUUUAUAAGACAAUACGACUGUGGUGACGUCAUUACACUAGCCCAUGGUCAUCGAAGAUCAGUAGUUUAUAGUUGAAUCGUCGCAGACAGGGAGACAGAGAGACCAACUAACAGACUCACUUUUGCAUUUAUAAUACGUGUAAGGAUGUAUUUGGAUUCAUAAACUUAAUUUAGUUAAUAGAAAAUUACGUAGUCUCCACUAUAGAAUUGGCACGUGGCAUGCAUGAGCUUCAACC